AUGUCGACCAACCUCACAGCCAACCCUUUUGCCAACUGCACAGGCGUCACUCCAGAAUGUCCCGCCUACUACAGCCCUUUGACCUACCAGCCUAGUCUGGUCGCCAACUUCAUCUUCCUCAUCAUCUUCAUCGUCUGCGCGCUCGUCUCGUUGAUCCUCGGUCUCUUCUACCGGACAUGGGCAUACGGCUUCUGCACAGUCGCCGGCUGCGUUCUGGAAUUGUUGGGCUACCUGGGUCGCGUUAAGCUACAUAGCGACCUUUGGAACUCCGGUGCCUUCACCACUCAGAUCAUCACGCUCAUCAUCGCGCCCGCCUUCCUGUCGGCCUCCAUCUAUCUCACCCUCAAGCAUGUGGUGCUCACCUUCGGCCGUGAGUUCUCUCUCCUCAAACCCGCCCUCUACACCUGGAUCUUCGUCUCCAUGGAUAUCCUCUCUCUUCUGGUCCAGGCUGCGGGCGCGGCCAUCUUCGGCGCGAAGAACGCCGACAUCAGUCAGCUCAAGGCCGGUGCCAACAUCGCCUUGGCCGGUAUCAUCCUCCAGGUCGUCUCCCUGGCCACAUUCGGUCUUCUGGGUGGACUCUACCUUUUCCGCCUGAACAAGCACUGGGGUACUCUAUCGCCGCAAGCAGUCGCCAUCGCCCAUUCCACCCGCACGCACUUCUUUGCCGCCGCCGUUAUCAUCGCCUACAUCACCAUCCUGAUCCGUUGCAUCUACCGUAUCCCCGAAUUGGCCGGAGGAUACCGCAACGAAGUCUACAUGAACCAGACCGAGUUCAUCGUCUUGGAGGGUGUCAUGAUCAGCAUCGCUGCGAUCUGCUUGUCAUUCAUUCACCCAGGAAUCUUCUUUCCGCAGCUGUCAGCCCACCAGCGCAAGAAGCAGGGCACCGCGGUCCCGGAGCAGUACAUCGAGCUGAACGGCAAGCGAUAA